AUGUGGUCGCUGAUUGUGUUUCUGGGUUUGGUAUCACGCGGUCUGUCACAAGAGGUCCUCCAGAAUCCGGACAUGGAGAGUAUGACUGGUUGGCUUUGCAAGGGAGCGUCGUGUUCCCUCACCGGCACAAGUCAUGGCGGAAAUCACGCCAUACUCACCAGACAAAGGACAACGUUCAAGCGUGGACCGGCACAGCGAAUACAGGUGCUUCUGGGAAAAUCGUACACUGUGUCUGCAUGGGUUAAACUUGUGAACGACGAACAGGGAAAGCUGCGUCAGAUGGUGCGGAUCACAGUACUCCUAAAAUUUAAAAGCGCUGGAAUCAAAUUUACCGAAAUUAAGAUAGAUGGUCCUAGCACCAGUGUAGACUUCAUCACCGACGACGUCUCGAUGAAGCCGUUGGCGGAGUGGACGAACUGGCUACAAGACUCCAACGACAACAUCAACCAGCUGAGGAAAAGCAACUUGAGAGUGGCAGUCCUCCCAAAGUGGAUUGCGAAGGGUGUAUUGCUGUUUGGAAGUGGCAGUCAUCCUAAAAUUAAACAGUUAAAGAAGUCGUUCCCGUUUGGAACCGCCAUUGGGUGUGACAUGUAUCACCAUGGUGACGUAAAUUACCAGAAUUUCAUAAACGAUCACUUCAACUGGGCCGUCACAGAAAACGCACUCAAGUGGAACCUCAUGGAACAAACGCAGAAACUCAAGCAGAAAGGAAUCAAGGCUCGAGGUCACAACAUCCUGUGGGCGACCGAUAACAACGUGCCUGUAAGGGUCCAGCCUCUGUGGGGAAAUCAGCUCAAGUCAGUGGUCAACACUCGCAUCACUACUGUCGUGACGAAAACCAAACAGUUACUGGAGUGUAAACAACGAGGUCUAGCACGGCGUUUUCCAUCUUAA